AUGGGAGAUCCUCUACCACCACCAACGUCUUAUCAACAACCUCAGCAACUUCCUCAAUAUGUGCCGGCAUACCGAGAACCUCCCACCUAUCCACCCGCUUAUCCGACAGCACCUCCAAUGCAACCGCAGUUCCGCGCUCAACAAGUACCAGUCCAACAAGCUCCACAAGCGCAACAAUACUACUACUAUCCGAGUGGUUAUAAUCCUGGCCUCAACACUAUAUUUGAUCAAAUGCAAUGCUUCAGUGGUGAAAUGAAGGUGGAAACUCCAUCGGGAAUGAAGGCAAUCAAAGACUUGGAAGUCGGAGAUAUGGUGCUGAGUAUAGACGAGUUCAUGGUGACAUUCUCGCCGGUGAUAAUGUUCCUUCAUAAACUCGAAGAGGAACAGGCAGAAUUCCUGCAUAUCCAUACUGAACAAGGAGAGUCUCUGAAGCUCACUGAGAAUCACCUACUAUAUGUCACGAACUGUGGCAGUACUGAUCCACUCCAUCUGGCAGCUGCUAAAGACGCUCGAGCAGGACAGUGCCUGCAAAUUACAACGGGGAACUCGGAUCUCAUUCCAAGGCGCAUUACUUCGAUUUCCAAGGUCAUAGAAACUGGCAUCUAUGCUCCGCUCACAACCACUGGUGAUAUCAUUGUGAACCGUUACCUCGUCUCAUGCCAUUCAAAUCUCGCUCUGAAAACCCUCCAGCAGACAUUUUUCAGUGUAUACCGUAGCCUUUCGAAUGUAUUACGUGAUUUCCUUCCCAUGUAUGUCCAGGACGACAUCCAUCUUCCUGCCGGUGUUCACUAUUUGACAACAGUGGCUGACAUGUUCCUUCCCAAUUCUUUUUUGUGA